CACACAGACCAGUGUCUCCAGUGCCCAGCUGUGUGUCCAUGAAGAGUGACUGGUCCAUGGAGCCCCCUUACAAUUUCAGCAGUGGACCACCACAAUCUGAUCCAAAUGGGAGUAGUAAUACUCUGACCCAGGAUCAGUCCAAGUGUGGAGUGUGUGAGCAGGUGCUGAGGGACCCAGUCAUCACCAGCUGUGGACACAGUUUCUGCAGGCAGUGCAUCAGCAGCUACUGGAGCCAGUAUGGUCCAUCAGCAGACUGUCCCCAAUGCAGAAAGAGAUCCAGAACACAACCCAUUACAAACCCUGACAUAAAUAUGGCACAACCUCUUGUAUAUCCACAUACAACCAUGCCACAACCUCACCUAUACCCACCUACAACCAUGACACAACCUCAUCUAUACCAACCUACAACCAUGGCACAACCUCACCUACACCAAUCUUCAGCUAUGGCACAACCUCACCUAUACCCACCUAAAGCCAUGACACAACCUUUGUCAUACCAACACAGUGAAAUGGCACUUCAUCUGAACCCAUCUGCGAACAUGGCACACGUUCCUCCAUACCCCCACACACACAUGUGGCAGCGUCCUCAGUACUCAGACUCAGCCAUGGGGCAGCAUAAUCAUCCACACAUCCAGCACCCUCUUUAUCCACACAUCCACACGGCACAGAUCUCUCCACAGCCUCCAUUAGAUGAGCACACAGUCAUGAGAGGCAGCACCCAUCUGCAAACUGAGCAUGCUCCAGUCAAAAGGGCCAAACUAACAGACAACCGUGUCCUGAACAGAGUAUUGAUGACCCAUAAAGUUAAUAUGAAGAGGAGGUUUGAGAGCAUAUGUGAAGGCAUCAUCAGGUCAGGGACUCAAACACUCCUGAACAAGAUCUACACAGAGCUCUACAUCACAGAGGGAGAGAGUGAAGAUGUGAAUAAUGAGCAUGAGGUUUGGCAGGUAGAGUCAGCAUCCAGAUCACAAAAAACUGAAGAUACAGCAAUCAGCUGCAAUGAUAUUUUCAGUCCCUUACCUGGACAGGAGAGACAUAUCAGAAUGGUCAUGACCAAGGGGAUUGCUGGCAUUGGAAAAACUGUCUCAGUGCAGAAGUUCAUCCUUGACUGGGCAGAGGAGAGAGCUAACCAGGAUAUAGAUUUCAUGUUUGUGCUUCCGUUUCGUGAGCUGAAUUUGGUCAAACAUGAUCAGUACAGUCUUCACAGGCUCCUGCUUGACUUCCACCCUGAGCUUAGGGAGCUACAGGAUGGUGAAUACAAAGAUUGCCACAUUGUGUUCAUCUUUGAUGGUCUGGAUGAGAGUCGACUUCCACUGAAUUUCCAAGAGAAUCAGAGGUUGUCUGAUGUAGCACAACCAUCAUCUGUGGAUAUGCUGAUGACGAGCCUCAUUCAGGGAACUCUGCUUCCCUCUGCUCUCAUCUGGAUAACCUCCCGACCAGCAGCAACCAAUCAGAUCCCUUCUCAGUGCAUCAGUCAGGUCACAGAAGUACGAGGAUUCAAUGACCCACAGAAGGAAGAGUACUUCAGGAAGAGAGUCAGUGACCAGAAUCAAGCCAACAGAAUCAUCUCACACAUUAAGGCAUCUAGGAGUCUCCACAUCAUGUGCCACAUGCCAGUCUUCUGUUGGAUCUCAGCCACUGUCCUUCAGCAGAUACUGGAACAAGAUGAUGGGAAGGAAGCCCCCAAAACUCUGACUGAGAUGUUCAUACACUUUCUGCUCAUCCAGACCACCAGGAAGGGCCAGAAAUAUCAAGAAGAAAGUGAGUCAGAUAGACAGAGGCUCCUGGAAUCACAUAAGGGUGUGAUAUUGAAACUGGCAGAGCUGGCUUUCAAGCAUCUAGAGAAUGGCAACCUCAUGUUCUAUGAGGAAGACCUGAGAGAGUGUGGCAUUGAUGUCAGUGAAGCCUCAGUGUACUCUGGCAUGUGCACUGAGAUCUUCAGGGAGGAAUGUGUGUUCUACCACAAGAAGGUCUACUGCUUUGUCCAUCUGAGCAUUCAGGAGUUCCUGGCAGCCAUGUUUGUGUUUCACUCUUAUAUGUCAGGACAUAUGGAGGCACUGAAAUCCUUCCUCGCUAAAAAACACAGAGACAAUCAAGCUCCCCUUCCUUUGCAUAUCCUGUUGAAGAGUGCUGUGGAUAAGGCUUUGGACAGCAAGAAUGGACACUUGGACCUUUUCCUCCGCUUCCUUGUAGGCAUCUCAGUGAAGAGCAAUCAAGCCCUCUUGCAAGGCUUGUUGACAAACACACACAGCAGCUCAGAGAGCAUCAAGAAAACAUGUAGCUAUAUCAAGAUUAUUAAGAGGAGGGACCUGUCACCUGAAAGAUGCAUCAAUCUAUUUCACUGCUUAUUUGAAAUGAAUGAUCAAUCCCUACAUAAAGAUCUUCAGAAAUAUCUCAAAUCUCCAGAUGGCUUCUCGGGUGAAUUGAGACCUGCCCACUGUUCAGCACUGGCCCACAUGCUACUGACGUCUGAGGAUGUGCUGGAUGAGUUUGACCUGAAGAAAUACAAAACAUCAGAGGAGGGAUGGAGGAGACUGGUGCCAGCUGUGAGAUGCUGCAGAAAGGCUCUGUGA